AUGGUGGCAUCCUUAUUGAGAAACGUCUGUAGACAGCAAUUCAGUCGUCAACAUGCGGCUGUUCGUGCUUUCAGUGCCACUGCAGCCCCUGCCGGCAGCUCUCAUGGCUUGCUUCGACUCAAAGAAUAUUACGACAGUACCCUGUCAGAAGAUUUGAUGGUGUUGGGUUAUGAUCACACUCGUGUUGCACCUCCCACUUCCAGAUAUCCUGACAUUGAAGCUCAAAUCAAGAAGGCAUUGGAUGCUUCAGCAGCAGCAACAGAAACCAAGGCAUCCACCGCUCUUUCACCAGACGCUGUUCGUACUCGCAAGGGUGGUAAACCUGUCAAACCUCUUCAACCUCUCAAGAGCGCCAAAGUCAUUCCUACUCUCGAUAAAAUCACCCUUCAUUCCAUGGUAAAGGACUCUAUUCACAGCAAGAGUCAUUUAUUAUCUGCCUUUAUGGCAUUUCAAAGCAUUACAGGCAUUCGACCUGAUGUAGUCUAUGCAAGAAACUCUGUGGCUAAUUGGAAAUUGCGUGAGGGUAUGCCUGUGGGUGUUAAAGUGACACUUCGUGGUGAGGAAAUGUAUCAGUUCAUGGACAAGUUGGUCGAAAUCGUGCUUCCUCGUUUAAAAGAAUGGCCUGGUCUCUCAAUGACAGCAGGUGAUGGUAAUGGCAAUAUUGCACUUGGCUUCCCUCCAUCUGCUCUUGCUCUUUUCCCUGAAAUUGAAGGCUCCUUUGAUGUCUAUCCCAAGAUGACUGGCUUCGAUGUAAUCUUCAAUACAACUGCUUACACAAACACCGAUGGUCGCUUGUUACUCUCUGCUUUCUCUGUACCCUUCAAAUCCAACAAAAAAUAG